GGAAACGUGUCUCACGCUGCAGUGUUUCCGGUUUCAAGACGGUCGCCGAAGCCGUUUGUGAGACAUUCUCCACAUUGCUCUGCCCGGCUCGUGGUUUUUCUUAACCUGGAUGUGACGUAUUAAAGGACCCGACGGAAAUAGAGCUAAAGGCGUUCUAAAAUGGCCAACCGUACGGUGAAGGAUGCGCACAGCAUCCACGGCACCAACCCUCAAUAUCUGGUGGAGAAGAUAAUUCGUACGCGAAUCUAUGAGUCCAAGUACUGGAAAGAGGAGUGUUUUGGACUUACGGCUGAACUUGUAGUCGAUAAAGCUAUGGAGUUACGGUUUGUUGGUGGCGUCUAUGGUGGCAACAUAAAACCAACUCCCUUUCUGUGUUUAACCUUGAAGAUGCUUCAAAUUCAACCUGAGAAGGAUAUUAUUGUAGAGUUUAUAAAAAAUGAAGAUUUCAAGUAUGUGCGCAUGUUGGGGGCGCUCUACAUGAGGCUGACAGGCACCGCAAUUGAUUGCUACAAAUACUUGGAGCCUUUGUACAAUGACUAUCGAAAAAUCAAGAGCCAGAACCGAAAUGGGGAGUUUGAGCUGAUGCAUGUAGAUGAAUUUAUUGAUGAACUAUUGCACAGUGAGAGAGUCUGUGAUAUCAUUCUGCCCCGGCUACAGAAACGCUAUGUGCUAGAGGAAGCUGAGCAACUGGAGCCUCGAGUUAGUGCUCUAGAAGAGGACAUGGAUGAUGUGGAGUCCAGUGAAGAGGAGGAAGAGGAGGAUGAGAAGUUGGAAAGAGUGCCAUCACCUGAUCACCGCAGGAGAAGCUACCGAGACUUGGACAAGCCCCGUCGCUCUCCCACACUGCGGUACAGGAGGAGUAGGAGCCGGUCUCCCAGGAGGCGGAGUCGAUCUCCCAAAAGGAGAAGUCCCUCCCCCCGCCGAGAAAGGCAUCGGAGCAAGAGUCCAAGACGUCACCGCAGCAGGUCUCGAGAUAGACGGCAUAGAUCCCGCUCCAAGUCCCCAGGUCAUCACCGUAGUCACAGACACAGGAGCCACUCAAAGUCUCCUGAAAGGUCUAAGAAAAGCCACAAGAAGAGCCGGAGAGGGAAUGAGUAAUGGACUCAGUUUGGUUUUAAUUCAAAUGGCCUCCUGUGGAUAUGAGUAUCUGUCUAUGUGGAAGGAUUAAGAUCUGCUCCCCAGGCAGCUAUAAGAAUAUUUCAGUUUUUUCUUACCAAGUUUCUCCAUUUUUUUUUUUAAGUGAAAGAGGUGCUGAGUUUUUUUUUCUCUUUUUGAAUCAUAAUUAACAUCUUUGAGGGAUGACAAUAUUUCCUGAGGUCAGUUUUUGACCCAACCAACCUUGACUGUAUUCAAACUUGAGCAGUAAAUAGGAUCUGGGAAUUGGGGACGUGAAUGACAAGAAAAGGAUGUGGCCACCUGGUGACCCUUUUGUUUUUGUUAUUAAACCUGACAUAGCCAUUUCCUA